AUGUAUUUAAUAACAACUCUGCUACCUGCUCAAUCCGAUCAACCGCUCAUCAAUCGUAUUCUACCAAAAGAACUCAUUCUUAGGAUCUUUUCAUUUUUGGAUAUUACAUCACUAUGUCGAUGUGCUCAAACAUGUCGUCAUUGGAAUCUUUUAGCGCUUGAUGGUAGCAAUUGGCAACAAGUUGAUCUCUUUCAAUUUCAAAAAGACAUCAAAGCACCGGUAGUAGAAAAUUUAGCAAAAAGAUGUGGUGGUUUUUUGAAAAAAUUAAGCUUACGUGGAUGUGAAAAUGUACAAGAAAAUGCUUUACGAUCAUUUACACUGAAAUGUCCAAAUAUUGAGCAUCUUUCAUUGUACAAAUGUAAACGUGUUACCGAUUCUACAUGCGAAUAUUUGGGACGAAAUUGUCAUCGAUUAGUUUGGUUGGAUCUCGAGAAUUGCACGGCAAUAACCGAUAAAUCUCUCAGGGCAGUAAGUGAAGGAUGUAAAAAUUUGGAAUAUUUAAAUAUUAGCUGGUGUGAAAAUGUGCAAAAUCGAGGAGUACAAGCAGUGCUACGGGGCUGUCCAAAGUUGAGCACUCUUAUCUGUCGUGGAUGUGAAGGA